CACUAGUGGUUGAUUUAGCAGGUCUAAUAAAGACCCACCAAAUCGACUGCAGAUUGCUCUGCAAUGGACCCCUGUACUCUGCCCCCAGAGGAGAAGAGUAAGGUAAGUCAAGGGAGAUUUUCUCUGGUCGACUCCCUGCGGGGUAGACUCUCCAGUAACUCGACCUAAGGUACAUCGGCUCCAGCUCUGUUGUUCACGUAGCUGGAGAUGUGUAGCAUAGGAUGACUUACUGCAGUAGUGUAAACACAGCCCGACACUCCCGUUUUUCUUCCCUGGGUGGCCAGAAGCCCCGCAGCAGCCAGACUGCAUAAUUACAAAGUUUGCUACAGGGCCUUCUGAGGGGGGAUUGUUGCUGCACCAAGUGAAGCUGAACGUGGUUUGGGCUGCAGGGCUAACAGCGCUGAGCUGGGUUGCAGAACUCAGGUGGGUCACAGAGCCCUGUGCUCUGGCCUCUUUCUAGCCCUUUGUUGGUGUGAUGUGCCCAGGGGUGUCCAAACUCUAGAAGAGGCACUUGCUGCCUAUUUAAAGCAGGCCUGGGCCCCUGCAUCACCCUUUCCCUGGCUCAGCAUGGAACUCAGGCAUUUGGAGGUUUGUAGUUUCCAGAGGGACUAUGGGAAUUGUGCCAUGCUAAGGCAUGCUGGGAAAGAGCCCGGUAGUAUAAACUGCCUCUCCAAAGGUAGAGAAGGAGUAGUUGGGUUUCUGUCACAUGCAGACUACUGGGUCAGACAGCCUGAGGGUGGAGGGGUGUAAACUGGGAGGAGAAAAGGGAAAGAUUGCAUGGUCACACUGAUUACUUUAGACUGAGGGACGAUAUGGGCCCAAAAAGUGAAGGGUGUUAAUGUGACCCCGUGUCUAUCCUCUCAAACUCCCUUUUGUCAGGACUCCGAAAGGGAGUGAUCAUGGGUGGAAUAGCCCAUCCACUCAUCCUUUUGUUCACCAAUCUUCUGAAAAUUCCCUGGCGUUCCAAGACAUCUUGAAAAUCAAUAUUAAUGGUCCAGUGAACUGCUCAGUGAAAACUCUUGGUGGCAAGUUAUCUGGAGCUGUUGAUUUAAACAUUUCGGUGGGAAGGGACCCUGGGUGAAUUCAGACAGGGAGCCUCGUCACAUCAUGUCAGCUCUCAAUCAAACCAGCUUUCAUCCUGCCUCCUUCUUCCUGAUUGGCAUCCCAGGCAUGGAGGAGCUGCACAUCUGGAUCUCCAUCCCAUUCAGCCUGAUGUACAUCGUCACACUUUUCGGAAAUUUUACCUUAUUAUUUGUCAUUGUAACCGAGCGAAGCCUCCACGAGCCCAUGUACCUUUUGCUGGCCAUGCUGGCCAUCUCUGAUCUAAUAUUGUCUUCCUCUACAGUGCCCAAAACUCUGAGCAUAUUCUGGGCACAUUCCAAGGAAAUCUCUUUCGAUGCCUGCCUGACCCAGAUGCUCUUUACACAUAUUAGUUUUAUUGCUGAGUCAACAAUCCUGCUGGCCAUGGCGUACGAUCGGUAUAUUGCCAUAUGUGAUCCCUUGAGAUACACGACUGUGCUAACACAUUCAGUGAUAGCCAAAAUAGGGCUGGUGGCUCUAGCUAGAAGCUUUUGUGUAAUGUUCCCAGCACUUCUUCUCCUUUGGAGGCUACCGUACUGCGGCCACACCAUUAUGCCUCACACGUACUGUGAGCACAUGGGCAUAGCCCGGCUGGCCUGUGCCGAUAUAGCUGUCAACAUCUGGUAUGGUUUUACUACAACUCUUUUAUCACCAGGAUUGGAUGUUGUGCUCAUUGUUGUGUCUUAUGUUCUCAUCCUCAGGACUGUCUUUAGGCUCCCGUCAAAGGACGCCCGGCUCAAAGCUAUUGGGACCUGCAGCUCCCACAUCUGUGUCAUAUUCAUGUUUUACAUGCCAGCGUUCUUCACCUUUUUCACACAUCGGUUUGGCCACAACGUCCCCCACAACAUUCACAUCCUACUGGCCAAUCUCUAUGUGCUCCUUCCACCCAUGUUAAACCCCAUUAUCUAUGCAGUGAAAACGAGGCUAAUUUGGGAAAAGAUGGUCCGCCUGUUCUUCAAGGCAGGGCAGCGGUGCUGAAUGCUGCAACUGGGAUGCUAUCCCCUUAGAAAUAAACCAGAUGGAAAUUGUGGGCUCCAGUGAGGCCCUUCAGGAAAUGGCAACUUUGUGUUAGACCAUUUUAGAUGGUCUCUUUCUCAUCUCAGGCUCCAUGAUGUAGCGUUUGCUGAUCAGAGGAAUUGUGAGACUCUCCUAAGACUAAAGCAUGGCAGUUAGAAAACAAAGAGAAACAGAUUUCAGAGUAGCAGCCGUGUUAGUCUGUAUUCGCAAAAAGAAAAGGAGUACUUGUGGCACCUUAGAGACUAACAAAUUUAUUAGAGCAUAAGCUUUCGUGAGCUGUAGCUCACGAAAGCUUAUGCUCUAAUAAAUUUGUUAGUCUCUAAGGUGCCACAAGUACUCCUUUUCUUUUUAAAGAGAAACAGAGGAUCACAAAUGUGAAGCUGGUAGGACCUAAGGACCAGAUCUUCCAUGUGUGUAAACCGGCAUUGCUCCAUUAAAGUCAGAGUCACUACGCUGAUAAGCACCUGCUGAAGAUGUGGCCCUUACUGUAUUUCUGAGAGGUACAUUUUUACCUACAUUCUGCCCUGCUGAACUCUAUGUUGGGUCAUGCCUUUUACUCUUGUAUCUCAAAGUUUUCAAAAAUAUUGGACUUGUUUUCUUAACUAUAGACUUGGACAGAGCCAGGGUUGGCCUUCAGGAAAAUAGCACCCUGGGCUCUCACCCCCUCAUUGGCCCUGGGCCCCACUGCCUCCUCCCAGGGCUUAAUUUGUAAUGAAAGGCCCGGCACAAAUUAAGCCCUGCACAAGGUGCCUGCAGUAGAAAGUCCAGUGGGGAGGUUUGUGUCAGGCCGGGAUCCACAGCCAGCCAGCAUGUCUCUGGGGCAUCCGGACUCCUGUGGAGCCUCUGGCAAAAUAAAAAGCUGCUGCCCUAAAUAGAAUCCCUGAGAGAGGGUUUGCAGUGAAUCCUCUCUGGGGUGCUGCAGCCGAGGUGUGAUUUCGCUUCCCUGUACCAGCAGGAGGGGAAUCGGGCACAUGGUCUGAUGAAGAUGAAAGAGAUGACCUCAUCUAUGUGAACUAUGCACCUGACAAAUAGAGACAAGUAACCCGACAGCCAGGAUUUUCCAUCAAGGGGCCUUUCAGCUGUCACUGCACCCCCAUUAAAUCAGUUAAGGGUGGUUUUGAGGGUGCAUGGAAUGCAGGAUUGGGCCCCACAUGUGGCUCCCCAAAAUGGUUCCUUUUGACAAUCCAUUUACCGCAGUCCAGAAGUAAGAAGAGCAUCUGUAAAUACUUAUUUGGCGCUUUGAAGCACCUACCAGAUAAACAUUCCCAUUGUACAGCCCCUUUUGUGUUCAGCUCUUAGCUGAAUUCCACCAUAAGGAUCUGAUGGGAGGUGUUAGCUCUUCCUAUCCAAAAUAUUUUCAAUUCUUUUCAUUUUUAAUUAAAUGUUUAUUGAAGACUUAGGCUGUUAUCUAAGAUAACUUCGCACCUGAAAACUCUAUGUUUUUUGCAGAUAAUAACUUAGAAAUUAGCUGUUGAUUUUACUGUACACACACAAACCCACAAAAAUAUUUCCAUUGAUCAUAAUUGAAAUUUACAGGAAGAGAAAGCAAGAAAAAUGUUGCUUGAGAACCUGUCAGGCCACGUCUACACUUGUGAGCUUGCAGCUGCACCACUAUAUGAUCACUCAUGUAGCCACUCCGUGCCUAUGGAGAGGUCUCCCUUUGACGUAAUUAAACCACCUCCAACGAGCGGCAGUAGCUAUGUUGGUGGGCGAAGCUCUCCUGCCGACAUAGCGCUGUCCACACUGAUGCUUCUUUUGGUGAAACUUAUGUUGCUCCGGGGGUGUAUUUUUUUCACACCCCCUGAGUGACAUAAGUUAUACCAACAAAAGUGUAGACAUAGUCUUAGAGUCAAAAUCCAGUAAUUUAGACUCUGAAUUAGGCUUUUACAAAUGGACUAGUGAAUUAUAACUCAGCAAAUCAUUUCUGGGUUUAGGAUAUUUAUUUUGUAUAUCUUGACACUUUGUGGUUUUUGCAGUCCUGUUGGUCCCUGGAUAUGAGAGCCACAAGGUGGGGGAUGUGAUGUCUUUUAUUGGACCAACUUCUGUUGGUGAAAGAGACAAGCUUUCGAGUGCCACAGAGCUCUUCUCCAGGUCUGAGUGCCUAUAAGCUCUGUGGAGCUCAAAUGCUUGUCUCUUUCAUUC